AUGGAACAAAUAAAACUAACAACUAUUUCAACAAGACAUUCAGAAGGAGAUUCUGAUGAGGAGCUCGCAUCGCUUCCACCUUCCUUAUCAACACUAACCGUAAGUGAACAUUCCGAGACGAUAGACGACAAAGAAUGGCUUCUUAAAAAUAAGCAUAUUUCUGCUGCAGGUUUUUCUCGAAGAAGUGGAGAACAUGCAGGGGAGGAAUUAUGUGGUCUAGUCCCUGAACGUCGAAGAGGGAAUUUGAAAUAUGAUAAUUCGGAAUAUAUAAUAAAAAUGUGCGCGAUGGCUUGUGCGUGUACGUUUGGUGUCGGAAGUCAUUUUGCUUCACAUAUUAUUGGACCUAUGAAGGGGAUAUUAAUGGAGCAACUUGAUCUCACGAAUACUCAAUUCUCACUAUUGAUCGCAUCAAUUACUCUAUGUAAUACGGUGAUACCAAUAGUUUCAGGUCUUCUUGUAGCAAAAUUUGGAACUACUCGUAGCUCUUUAGUUAUAACAUCAAUAAUAUUAUUGGGUAUGAUUAUUUUCACUGCCGCAAGUUGGGAUGGUAAAGUUGGAUUUAUGAUGGUUGGAUUUACCGUUUUCGGCAUGGGUUUGGCACCUUUAACAAUCGUUCAAGAAACAAUUAUUGUCCAAUUCUUUCAAGGGAAAGGAUUGGGAUUUGCCUUAGCAGUCGGAUUAACAUUAGGGAGAUUAGCCUCAUUUGUUGCUACCGUGCUAGCCGUUCCAUUAUCCUUAAUGGAGCCACUUAAAUAUCGUACACCUUUCAUAGUGGCAACUAUCACAUGUGCAAUGUCAUGGAUUAUGAACAUUGUAUACGUGUUUUUAUUAAAACACGCUGACAAUAGGAAAAAUCAUAGGAGGGAAGGCAUUGCAAUUCAUUCGGUGGUGGAAAAGAAGACUGUUCAUUGGAAUGCUAUAUUUGAUUUGUCGGAUAUUUUUUGGUUUUUUUUGGUUGUGGGAAUUCUAUUUGGAGCUGCAAUUUCUCCUUUCCUUCAUCUAUCAAGUAACAUCAUUAAACAUCGAUUUGACACAACGGAUAUGUUUGCCGCGUGGGAUUCUUCUAUAAUAUUAUUACUACCAGUAAUUUUAUACCCCUUUUUGGGAUUGUUCUUGGAUAAAUAUGGUUUUAGGUUGUGGAUAUGCAUAACUAUAACCUAUUUAUUAUUACUUUUACCGCCACAUAUGAUACAUCCAUUUCCACCUUUAUUCAUUUUCGCUGUGGCUUUCGCAGCAGUUCCACUUACCAUGGUCACCCUCAUUCCAAUGCUCACAAAACAUGUUUCCACUGGUCUCGGACUUCUUAAAAGUGUGGAUAAUAUUGGUGCGACUCUUUGUCAAACUUUUGCUGGAUUAUUGCUAGAUGAGCAUAAAAGACGUAAAAAAUACAUAAUUGAUGAUAAAGGUAUAGAGUAUGGUCAUGAGGAUGAUGAUCUGGUGGCUUUAAGGAUGUUUGCCAUCUUAGGUGAAGAAACAUCAUUUGUUAAAGUUGAAUAUAACGAGAAAAGGAAAAAGACUAUUGUUUAUAUGAGUAUUUUAUGUGUGAUGUUGAUUAUAUGUUGGACUGUUUUUGGAGUCGUCGCAUUCGAAAAAGCUGGAAUAAGUGCAUCAUCGGAAUAA